AUGACUAGUGCUCAAUUUCCUGAGGGUGAUUUUUAUAUUACCUCCAGUACAUCGAAUAAUGUUGUUGAUGUUGAACGUGGUUUUAUCAUUGGUUGGGGUUCAAUCAAAGAUGGUACAAAAACUGUUAUGGCUCCACAAAAGAGUGAAUUGGACCCUCUUCAGCUUUGGAGAUGCGAAGACGGGGGUUUUCUAAUCAAUAAAAAGACAAAUUUGUGUUUGGAAGCCGAGAAUGGAAAAGCGGGUACCCGUCUCAUCUUACAUAGCAGAAGAAGUCAACCUAAUAAUCAGCGAUGGAAUCUCACUAGCGAUGGUCGUAUUGUUCUUCAAAGCAAUCCAAAGUUCGUGAUGGAAACAAAGGGUACAUCGAUUAUUCUCUCUGAUAGCCAAUCAAAAAGUUUUGCUAAGAGCAGUCAAUCUUCUAAAUGGACUAUCGUACCGCUUAUCAAGAAGAAGAGUUAUGAUGGCCCAGCGAUUGGAAUUGUCAGGUUGGAAUUGUUGGGUGCAAAGGAUCUCAAGAAAGUGGAUUCGUUCGUUAGAGGAGGAAAAUCGGAUCCAUAUGUCAAUGUUUAUCGUGAGAGUAGUAAGGACAUUAUUAUAUCCCAAACCAGAUACAUCGAAAAUGAGUUAAAUCCUGUUUGGAACGAAGUUCAUUAUCUCCCUAUUAGAAAUAUUGGGGAGAAGUUUGUUUUGGACGUGAUGGAUUACAACAAUUUCUCCAAACACAGGCCACUUGGCAACUAUACUCUUGAAAUUACCCGUGAAAUAGUGAAGGAAGUUUCAGGUGUUUUUGAAGGCACAAAUGUAGUUGAUAAUUGGGUAAAACUUUCUACCCAGGGUCAACUUCAUUAUAGGGUAAAAUUCUAUCCACUCACCCCUCUUCCGGAACCAUCACCAGAUUUUCUUGCAAAUCUCAAAGAAAAACCAUUUGAUCUCUCCACUUUAUAUGUGCUUGUCACUUUACAAGAACCUAAUGGAAGUUUUCCUCCAUCGGGCACAUUGGCAAACAUGUUCGGUUAUCAUAAUUCUGAUGAAUUGCUUGAGUUGUAUAGAAGACAAUGCCGUGAAGAGCGCAUCUUAAAGAUUAAUCAUUCGAUAUGGACAACCAGCAUGAUAUUGUGGUUCUUACGAUAUUUAUUGAAGGAUUUUCGAAAUGAAUGGAAAGGGAUCUAUGACCUUGCUACCGGCAGGAAGGCGGUUCUUGAAAGAUUUGACAUUGACGAUAGCCCACGUCCACGUGGAAUAGACGAAGCAACGGUCAGGAGAAUUAUAAAAUGUCGUCAUAAAGAUGGGUCAUAUCAAAUUACCGACGAACUUGCAAAGUUACUUGAUUUUGGUACCGCCGAGAAAUUUCGUGAAUCAAUCAUCAAUAUUCAAAGAAGCGCAAAAACAGAAGAUAUCAAACAAUUAGAUAGCAAUGUCUUGGUUACUAUUAUCGUGAUUUAUUUCUAUCGUUACGUUGCAUUUAACCACAAGAAAGAAUGGAUUCGACAAUACGACGGGUCAUAUGAAUGGUUAUGUGAACAGUUUAAAGGUAAGGAGUUAGUUGAACAUGAUUUACUUGAUUUGAUUAAAACAUUUGUUAGGGAGCAUUACAAAGUGAAAGAGGAAGUUUUGUUGGUGGAUCGCAACUUUGAAGGAGAAAUAGCGCAAAAAAUUGCAAAUAUAAAGCAUCAAGUUAGUACUCGUGGAAUUGCAAAAAAACUUCUUGGAGUCGCAAGAAUCGAAAUUAUUAGCGCAAAAGGCCUAAAACAAGUAGACACAUGGCUUGGUGGUGGUUCUUCUGACCCAUAUGCUAAAAUAUCCAAUGUGUCCACUGGAUUGGAAUACGGUGAAACACGUGUGAUCUAUAAUAAUCUCAAUCCCGUUUGGAAUCAGGUGUUCUAUAUUCCUGUCUAUGACCUUCAGGAAAAGUUCAAGAUCAACGUCUAUGAUUACAAUCUUUUCUUCAAACAUGCAUCGCUGGGAUUUUAUGUUAUCGAUCCCAAGGAUAUUGUCAAAGUUCUUGCUAAUGGGUCCAUUGAAGGAAAGGGACAAUUAAAGUUUGACGCUGAUCUUCUUCUGAAAGGAAAAAAUCGAGGAAAAUUAGCUUUUGUUACCCAAUUCUAUAAUUUUUCGGAAUCUGAUAUUAGAUCUAUUCAGAUUACUACGACAACUAUCACUAUCAGCCAUUUAUACCUUCUCUUGACUUAUCAACAUCGAGAUGGUAGCUUUGAAUUUACUGAUUCGUUGGCGAGUUUCUUUAAUUUUUCCUCCAAACAAGAAUUGAUAGACGCCUUUGCUAAUUUUGUACAAAACGAUGAGGGAGUUCGUUCUUUGGAUAAAAAAACUUGGAGUACUUCUCUUAUUAUUUCAUUCCUUAAGGCUUUAUUAUGGAAGCAUCGCCUAGAAUGGAUGGAAAUUUACAACAAGGGUGAAGCUUGGUUAAGUGAGAAUAUCGCCGAUCUUGAUGUUGAAGAACGUCUUGGCAAUAGUACAAAUCGGUUUGUCAUUCAACACUUUAAUGUUAAUCAAUGGGAAAGUGAUGAUCAACAAAAGGCUUUGGGUGUUCUCGUUGUUUCAAAGAAAUCGAUUAUUCUUCGUCGCAAUGUUACCUCACGUAUUGUACGUCGGUUCCUUACUUACAAGAAAGAAUCUGGUUGUUUUGAACUCAACAAUAAAUUAGCGGAGUCACUUGGUUUUAGUUCGAUUGAGGAAGCAAAAAACCAUCUUGAAACACAUUUUGCCUCACACACUAAGGCUGCCAAGCUUGAUGUUCACAUCUGGAGUACUGCGAUUUCCAUUUGGUAUAUUCGUCUCGUUUUGGUUGAUUUCAGAGGUGAAUGGGCAGAAACAUAUCAAAAGUCUAAUGAUUGGAUUUGUGAACAAGUUCAAGAUGAGGAUGUGAGAAAAGAGCUUCUUGAAGCUGCCAGAAUUUUUGUCAUAAGGAGAUUUGAAGUCGAUCAAACAUCAAUAGAUGAAGAUAGUUCUUUCCAAUAUGCCAUAGAUACCAGAGAUGUCGAACGUCCUGUUGAUGUUGAAAACGAUGACGAGGUGAUUGCUACUGAUGAAGUUAUUGGUAUUCUUAGGGUUCACAUUGACUCAGCUAGAAAUCUCAGGAAAUCAAGUAGCUGGUUCACAUCAUCCAAACCAGACCCUUAUGUCAGAAUCAUUAAUUCCUCUGCUAAAGAAAUAGCUCGUACUUGUGUCAAGCAUGAAACCAUUAAUCCUAUUUGGAAUGAAGUUUAUUAUGUUCCAAUCUAUAGUGUUAAUGAAAGAGUAUUCUGUGAAGUUUACGACGAAAAUAUUUUUGUGAAGGACAAACCUCUUGGCAAUUAUACUCUUGAAGCAGGUUCUUUGAUCAAAAGGAAAGACGAUGGUUCCUUUGAGAGUAAUAAAUUUGAUGAAUGGGUUUCUCUUAAAGAAUCUAAGGGAAAUUUACACAUGAUUGUGCAAUUUUUCUCCACAACCUUAAAUGAAGAGGAAAGCUUCGUUUUUUCACGUGAAAGCAUUCAAAUCAAUCAUAUUUACGUUCUCAUCAGCUGGAGACUUGCGA